AUCAUCCUCGCUGCCGGUCUCCCAGACCCGGCUGAGGCCGUAGCGGACUGCCCUUUCCCAAGAUGGCUUCGAAGAUUGGAUCGAGACGCUGGAUGCUGCAGCUGAUCAUGCAGCUGGGUUCCGUGCUGCUCACGCGCUGCCCCUUUUGGGGCUGCUUCAGCCAACUCAUGUUGUACGCUGAAAGGGCCGAGGCGCGCCGGAAGCCCGACAUCCCGGUGCCUUAUCUGUAUUUCGACAUGGGGGCAGCUGUGUUGUGUGCUAGCUUCAUGUCCUUCGGGGUGAAGCGGCGUUGGUUUGCGUUGGGCGCCGCGCUGCAGCUAGCCAUCAGCACCUACGCCGCUUACAUCGGGGGCUAUGUCCACUACGGGGACUGGUUAAAGGUCCGUAUGUAUUCCCGCACAGUUGCCAUCAUUGGCGGCUUUCUGGUGCUGGCCAGCGGGGCUGGGGAGCUGUACCGUCGAAAGCCCCGAAGCCGUUCCCUGCAGUCCACUGGCCAGGUGUUCCUGGGCAUCUACCUCAUUUGUGUGGCCUACUCGCUGCAGCACAGCAAGGAGGACCGGCUGGCAUACCUGAACCAUCUUCCAGGAGGAGAGCUGAUGGUCCAGCUGUUCUUCGUGCUUUAUGGGGUCCUGGCACUGGCCUUCUUGUCGGGUUACUAUGUGACGCUGGCCGCCCAGAUCCUGGCCGUGUUGUUACCUCCUGUCAUGCUGCUCAUCGAUGGCAAUGUCUCCUAUUGGCACAACACACGACGCGUCGAGUUCUGGAACCAGAUGAAGCUGCUUGGCGAGAGUGUGGGGAUCUUCGGGGCUGCCGUCAUCUUGGCUACUGAUGGUUGAGUUCCACAGGGAGAGCCUGGUUUGGGCACAGGAGGCCACCGCCGAAGGCCACCUUACCUUCCUCCUUGCUGGCCCAGUUGCUGUUUAUUUAUGCUUCUUGGUUUGUUUGUUAACUUUCUUCUUUUUUGAUUUUAAUAGUUAACGUUUUUUUGGGAAGAUGGGACCCUCGUGCUAAAGCUUCAUAGGGUUGUUGUUGGUUUUCUUGCCUGUUUUAGGGGAGAGUUGAGGCCAGCUGCUCCUCCCCAACGUGGCCAGGGAGAGAGGAGUCCCUGUGAAAGGAGUGAGGCAGAGCUGGGGUGCGCUAGGAGUCGGGGACAGAGGAAGAUUUGGAAGUAAGCAAAUGUGAAAAUUCCUUUUGGAACCUGACAGAUGCAGCUAAACUAAACAGUGCUUUCCAGACUAGUGUGUGUGUUCACACAUGUGUGUGUUCACACAUGUGUGUCUUCACACGUAUAGAAGGAGCCCUGUAAGGAGGGGCAGAGUGGCUGGUGCUAUAGACGUCACAUGGGCUCUUUGGGGGUCUGUUGGCUGGGGCAGGAACAAUCUCAGUUCUCUGACUCUUGCUCUAGAGUUGAGAGCAGGCCCUGGUGUGCUCCGGGAUGUGCAAGGUGGAGCAGGCCUUUCAGUCAGCCUGCUGCUGCAUCUGUUCUCAGCUUCUAGAUUGGCUGGCUGAGUGGAGCACCCUCCCAAACACCAGACCACACUGUCCUCCGAAAAUAAACAUUUUAUACA